AUGCCGGCAUCCAAUGACCUGGAGAGGCAGAACAAGGACUUGCAGGCCAAGCUGGGCGAGCUGGAGGGCUCCGUAAAGAGCCGGUUUAAGGCCUCCAUCACUGCCCUGGAGGCCAAGAUACUGCAGCUGGAGGAGCAGCUGGAGCAGGAGGCUAAGGAGCGAGCAGCGGCCAAUAAGCUUGUGAGACGGACAGAGAAGAAGCUGAAGGAGGUGUGCAUGCAGGUGGAGGACGAGCGCCGCCAUUCCGACCAGUACAAGGAACAGAUGGAGAAGGCCAACUCUCGCAUGAAGCAGCUGAAGAGGCAGCUUGAGGAGGCUGAGGAGGAGGCCACACGUGCCAACGCCUACCGCAGGAAGCUGCAGAGGGAGCUGGACGAUGCAACUGAGGCCAGCGAGGGUCUCAGACGUGAGGUCAACACACUCAAGAGCCGCCUCAGGCCCCAUCAGUUUCUCCUCCAGCCGCUCAGGCAGGCGUCAGCUGCAGGUGGAGGGAACAUCGCUCGACCUCCUAUCCGACGAUGAGGUGGAAAACAAGACCACGGACGCCAAUGCCAACGAGACGCCAGCAGCUCCCCAACCAGAGUAGACGCGCUACCUCCAGCCCACACGCAGCAUGGCCUCUGCCCCCACAAACCUUACCCCUGUCCUCCUAACCCCAGACACCAGCAGUGGACCCCACUACUCUGCCUUACCCCUCUAUGGCAAGCUGCAGGGCCAAGCAAAUCCAUCAUCUCCUCCAUAUGAAUAUACCGCACAUCCAGCCUUGGAUUCGUGUUUAACAUCAAUUGCAGAUAAAAGUGCAUUUAAAUUGCAUAGGCGUCUGAGUGUGCAUAGGCACUUGAAAACAAAUAGCAGGAGUUUACCAUAAUUAUGCUAAGCUACUUCCCUGGAACAGCCAUUAGAAUCAAACAGCCCUCUAGCUAGAAUUAACCACUGUCAUUUCAGCUGGUUUACUGGCACACAGGUGGACGACUGCACACAAGUCGGUAAAAACAUGUGUCUUUCAUGAUUGUACAGUAUUGGACCAGGAUAUGUAAAACAAAGCACAGCAUAAGCGAGGGAAUUAUUUUUAAAUGGUAGCCUAAAUGAUGAUCCCACCAAAUGUUUUCAUCAAAACCACCACUGUCAUAGAGAUACUGCAAUCCACUUAGUGGAUAAAAAUAACUGAAUAAAUCUUUGGUAGCAGGUUUGUAGUAAAUUAGAUUGUACCACGCCAUGUUGCCUCAGCAUUCCCCCUAUAUAUAUGACCAGCAAAAGACCCUGUUAACUUUACCAAUAUAACCUUGUCCAAUAACCCACCAUUUUAUAUUUGACAUAUCAAUCUACUUUAAGUGGUGUACGAUAAUGUGUGGAAUUAGGUUUGUCAGACUUGGAACAAAGGCCCUUUUUUUUUAAAGACAGCCCAAAUGUGUGCUUGACUGUCACACCCUGACCAUAGUUUGCUUUGUAUGUUUUGUUUGGUC